GCACGUUGCUCCUUGCUUGACGCUUUUGUCAUUAAUACGUCUGAACUCAUUGUACGAUUACUAACAUUUUGACGUGAUCUGGCCGUAUCGACCUCCUUUUUAUAUGUCUGGAGGCGGGAGCCAUUAAUUAAGAAGAAGAAGAAGAAGAAUAGCGCUUAUAUCGAGUCGGUGUGACAGAUUUCCUAACCUGAACGGCCGUGAACUUUAACGCUAAAUAUCUCGGUUCGGAGGCCAGAGCGGCACUUUUUUCUGCCACAUUCGUUCAUUUCGUGCAAAAACGCGUCGAAUAAGCCUAAUUUCAUCAAAAUCGGAGGAUGCCUAUAGCCUCUUUCUCUUGCUUACUGGUGUUAAUCGCCUUCAAAGCAGCAGUAUUGGCACCACUUUUAUCAAUUGUAACAACUUCAGGCGUACCAUGCUGACUAAUAGCUUUCUUGAAAAAUCUAAGAGCUGCCGCAGUAUCACGUUUUGCUAAUUAACCUGACUGCCCAGCGAUGCAAGGUUGAAUGGUCGAGUCUAACACCUCAUUCUGCAAUCAUUUCUUCAAUAUUGCGCAAGCUCAGAGAAUAAGACAGAUACCAACAAACACAAAGGGCAAUCACAUCUAUUGGAUAAUAAAGACGUCUAAAGGCUUUACGGAUUAUAGACAUGUGAUAAUAUAACAGAAUUAUAAAAUCUACCACACAGCAAGCAAUUAAUUGGCAACUUGCGCUUAUUAGAUUAGCAGUUUGUUAACACUCCCUAUCAAAUAGAGGUUUUAGUAUGCAUGAGUCACACAAUAGCCUACAGCGUUUAGCCAUAUUGAAUAUAGCGAUUUCGCUAUGGGAAAGGCCGGAUGUAAAAAGUAAGGUAAAAGAAUUUUUUAUAUUGUGUGCUAGGGAGCGUUCACGCGAAAGCAGAAUGUUGUCGAAAUGGUACGAUUUAACAAAGGAGGUGUUGCAACAGCUAGAGCGUGAUGUAUUACCGGCUAUUUUAUAUAGAGAAUUGCUUCAUGUCUCAAAAGAGAUAGGCAAAAAGAUAUACGGCUGGUACUGGCGUAUUGAACGUGAGAAUAUGGUUCAAUAUGGCAAAGUAGGACAAGCACUAGAAUAUGUUGAUCAAAUAUACUGGACCCAGCAAGGUACUGUGGACGCGGUCAGGAUAAUUCAGUCAUCUUGGAUAGGCAAUUACAAGUAAAAUGAGUCAGGAUUGUGCGCUGGGAUU